AUGGCUACAAAUAAUUGGAUAUUUAAUGAAGAAGAUAUGAAUAAUACACCUUCACAAAAGAAAGGAUGGAGUAGUGCAGCUGAAAAAAAAAAAAGAGUUGAUGCAAUUGAUGUUAUAAGAAAAGUUGGUAUUCAACUAAAUAUAUCAUUACAUGGUACAUUAUAUACAGCAUCUGUUUAUUUACAAAGAUUUUAUAUGUUUCAUUCAUUUGAUGAAUAUAAUUAUAUGGUUACAGCAUUAGGUUGCUUAUUUUUGGCAGGAAAAGUCGAAGAAACCCCAAAAAAAAUAAAAGAUAUUAUAUCAGCAGCUAGAGAAAUAUAUUCAAAUGCUUUACCAUAUAAUGGUGUAUCAAUAGAAUCAGUAAUAGAAUUUGAAAGAAUAUUAUUGAGAACAAUGAAGUUUGAUUUAACAGUUGAAGCUCCUUAUGACCCAUUAUUAGAAUAUUGUAAAUUGUUAAAGAUACCAAAAAAACAGCAAAAUAGUGUAGCUCAGACGGGUUGGGGAUUUUUAAAUGAUUGUACUUAUACACAUCUUCCAUUAUUAUGGGAAGCUGAGAUUAUUGCUAUUGGUGCAAUUCAUUUGUCAUUGCAAAUGAACAACAUUGAAAAUGUUGAUUAUGAAGGUAGGACUAAUGACGAACCAUGGUGGUCCAAAGUCGUAGGCAAUUUUACAUUACGAUCAUUAGAAGGGAUUUGUCAUAAAUUUUUAGAUCAUUAUUCUGAACAAAGUGAUAAAAAUAAAGUGGAUGUAUGA